AUGGCUAGUAGACAAGCAACUAAACGUCUUCAAAAAGAAUUCAAAUCAAUACAAAAUAGUCCUCCACCAUAUAUUAUUGCUAAGCCUAAUGAUGAAAAUAUUUUGGAAUGGCAUUAUGUUAUCACUGGACCUGAAGGUACCCCAUAUGAAGGUGGACAAUAUCAUGGUAUUCUUAGAUUUCCUACUGAUUAUCCAUUUAAACCACCUGCAAUUUCUAUAAUCACUCCAAAUGGACGAUUUUCUACAAAUACUAGAUUAUGUUUGAGUAUGAGUGAUUACCAUCCAGAUACAUGGAAUCCUGCUUGGAGUGUUGCAACUAUAUUAACUGGAUUAUUAUCAUUUAUGACUGGAGAUGAAAGUACAACAGGAUCGAUUCAAACUACAGAUGCAGUUAAAAAGAAACUAGCUGCAGAUAGUAAGCGUUGGAAUAAUCAAGAAAAUCCAAGGUUUACUAGGUUAUUUUCUGAUUUAGUGGCGCAAAAUCGUACUGACAUUGCUAAAGCUGAAGAAGAAAAAUUGAAAUUAUUAAAUGAACAAAACGAAAGAAAGAAAAAUGAUGGAACAAAUGUUGAAAUAGAUCUUUCCAAAUUAGAUCCUGAAGAAAGAGCAAGACUAGCUAAUGCUGCUAGUAAUACAGAAAGACUGUGCAUUAUUAUGUAG